UCAGAAUUCCCGGUUCUCCUGCUCGCUCUUCCAGGUACACGCCCUUUGACACGCGAGGGGAAAACUUUAAGGACAGAGAGAAAAAAACCAAAUCACGGAAGAGAUUCUUUGGUCCUACUAGUUUGGCGAGUUCUGUGGGGCGUAAAGCGGCGUAGAAAAAGGCGUGGAAGAGAACGGAAAACCCACGUUUGCGCGCAUUUCUCCAACUCGACGUGUCCUGCAGAGUUAACGGUGGAAGACUCAUGGAGGCGGAACUUCAGAAAAUAGUGAGGGUCUACCUAAAGUCCAGCAAGGGGAAGGAAUAUCUGGGAAAGAAAGAUUUCCAGAACCUGGUCUCUUCCCAGCUCAGCAACAUUCUGACGGAGGCAGACAGCAAAGAUGCAGUCGAUAACAUGAGCAAGGGCCUGGACUCAGACCAAGACGGUGUCGGCUUCGACGACUACAUGAAGCUGGUGGGGUACCUGGCCUGCUCUCUCAGCCAGCAGCGCACGCUCGAAACAGAGACGUCUGCGAACAGCACCGCAUCCGCACAAGAGCCGCAAAGCCCCGCUGGAAACGAGGGGGAGAAGGCGGAGGCCAAGGCGGAGGCCAAGGUGGAGGCCAAGACAGAGCAGAAGGCAGAGGCCACGGCCGAAGCCAAGGUAAACGCAGAACCAAAGGUCGACGUGAAGGUGGAGGUGAAAGCAGAGGGGGAAGCCAAGCUGGAGGCCAAGGUGGAGGCAGCUGCAGCUGCAACUACAGCAACAAAAGUGGAGGAGAAAAAAGCAGAAGAAACAGCAAAGGUGGAGCCGGCGGCAGAGGAGAAACCUGCUUCUGCAGAGAAGGACGUGGAGAAGAAGACGGGCGAAGCGGCGGCUUCAUAGGGACAAUCCACUACUUUGCCUCAAAAUCACAGCACACAGCUCAAAUUUACAGAAACGGGACACUGACGCCAAAACAAGCCGCUGUUUUUUCAUGAAAUGCUCAAAACCCAAAUUCUUCUCUUUCAAACUCGGGAUAAACCUUUCCCUAAAUAUGAUUCUGUACGUGAAAGCAUGGCUCUGUGUACAUCCCACUGUUCCCAUUGACCUCAAUGUGAUGCGGCUGUGCGACAGCGUGCAGACGUGCACUCCCUGCGUUCUUCCUGACAAAAGCACGUUUGACUGAACUGUCAAAGCCAGAAAUGCAGCACAGAGCUUCCAUCCUUCCUCAGCACUCACCAUCGAGCUCCUCAGCGGAAUAAUUGGACAUUUUGGCCUCUCAUAAAGCUGGAAACUAACUUUUUCUACUUCCUGAUAGUUGAUUAAACUCUUAAACACUUUUUAAUGCCUGAAGAUCUCAUUUAACUGGAGCCAAAUGUCCACAAAUUCCUUAAUUCCAUGCAUCCCAACCGCACUAACAUCUCCUGACCAGCAGCUGUGGAUCAUUUAGCAUCCAAAUAAAAGGUUUUCUUGCUAAAGCUCUGCGUCACUCAGACCCCCUCACUUCUCCUCCUCUGUCAUCUUCCCUCACUCUCAGUGUCAGCAGCUGGCGGCUCACCUGUGACCUUCAGGUCGAUAGUGAAGGUUCAGGGAUGGAAUCUAUACCCAACCAGCUUUCCAGCCAAAAACCCGGAGCACAGCUUUGUUCUGAAGGGUGUUCCCCCAAAUAGAUCAGACAGGAAGGGGGAGAAAAGACACAUUCUAGUGGAAAGCGUUCUGUCUCUUUGCAUGCUGUUGGGUUUUCCCUGCAGAACCUGCAGCCAUAGAGCCGCAUCUCAAGUGACUUUCUGGCAGCUCUGGAUAGAAGGAGAAGAGCAGAAACCUGACCUCCUUAUUUUUUUUAAAGCUGUUCUUCAAAUUCUCCUCAGCUGUUCAGGCUUUUAUUUGAGGGGGGCCACACCCUUCCCCAGUCUGAACAAAGAGCUCACCUGCAACUGGAUGCUUGGGCUUUAGGGAUUUGGGAAUGACUGGAUUUUCAGAGCAACACACCCUGAGACACAAAGAAUGACACAGAAGUGAUCCUGAAAAAAGGCUGUAGCCGCAGGGAAAAGCUCCAAAACAUUUAGUCUCUUCAUAUAUUUACCUUAUAAACCUGUAAUUGUUUGAACCACUAUAGAGAUCAGUUCAAAAUGUAACUUCUGUACAACAUAACCACCUUUUAAGUGUAUGUAAUCUCCAUAAGAGUCGCUGCUGCUUGUCAGGAAUCUGCAGACGUUUCAGACACAAAGUCUCGCAGCUUGCACAACGCCGGAGCACCUGAAACUCUAAAUAAGCAAGACAAAUAGGGUGGGUCAUGUGACCACUAUGCUUACCUGUGACACACCUUUCUGUAAAUACUCUGUCUCCCUCUACUCAGCCUUUUCCACCCGCCGUGCCUCAUGCAGCAGCUUCUACUAACACCCCCAGCUUCCCAGACGAUAUUGUUUUUAUGAAUGAAAUAUCUAAUUUUAUAGUCAUGCUUGGUACUUCCUGUGAACUACACACACCUGAGCCUCUUGCACCGAUGGCAUGUGUGGCAGCAUGUCCAGCAGAUCGGGUACAGCCUAAAAAUGGACCAAAUGCAUCCAAACUGGUGUGUCAGAUCUUUAUUUAGGACGUGCUGACUAAACGAAUCCAGUGUCUUUACUGUGACGUCACGGUGUUCAAACUCCCCAGAAUGUUAUUCUAGAAAAACAUCUGCAGCUGAACAUUUGACACCAGAUAUUCCAGAGAACGGAGGACGAGGUGGAACACGGAUGAGACCUCAACAUGGCUGCGUGUGGAUGUGAGACUCGCAGGACAGUCAUUCAUUCCCAGGAUGCUGUUGUCAUUCUGUCGUCAUGGUAACGUCUGCUGAGCUCGUUCUCCGUAUGCUGUAUCCAUGUUAAUCCUUGUUAUUCCUAUUAAAGAAUAAAACUGUGAAAAUCUG